UACUCCAUCAAGAUCAUCUAUCUACCUCGAGUCCUUGACCCACUGCAUCAAUCACCAGAUCUGCUGCUUCUGCAUAUUUCUCUUGGAGUCCUUUCACCCACUGCAUCAUAAGAUCUGCUUCCUCUUCCUCAGGAAAUGGGUGCGACUGCUAAGUCUCUUGCUUUCUUCUUCAAUCAUUUGCUUAUCGAUCCUCAUUAUUGUCGUGGCCUAUGCAAUUUCGGUCGGUGGAAGGAGGCAACUAAACUAUGGAAUGAGAUGGUGGAAAGGAAAAUCAUGCCCAAUUUGCAUACAUUCAGCAUAUUGGUGGACACUCUUGGCAAAGAAGGGAGGUUGACAGAGGCUAAAGAAGUUUUUGAUGCGAUGACUAAGAGAGGCAUAAAGCCAAAUGUAGUCACGUACAAGUCUUUGAUUGACGGUUACUGUUUGCAAAAUAGAAUGUAUGAAGCUGUCAAAUUAUUUAAUACGAUGGUUCAGAAGGGUUGUUCACCUUGUGUUGUUAGCUAUAGCAUAUUGAUCAAUGGAUAUUGUAAGAACAGAAAAAUUAAUGAGGCAAUGAGUCUAUUUAGUGAAAUGUCCACAAAGGGGAUUUUUCCCAAUGUUGUCACUUACAGCACACUUAUCGGAGGGUUUUGCCGAGUUGGGAGACCUAAAAUUGCAUUAGAGCUACUCCACGAGAUGCAAGGUUGUGGCCAACCUCCAAAUCUCCAAACUUGUGCUAUUUUGUUAGAUGGCCUAUGUAAGAAUCUACACUUUAUUGAGGUAGUGGCAUUGUUCAAGGAGAUGAAAGACAAAAGGUUAGACCUUGAUAUUGUGAUUUACAGCAUCUUGAUUGAUGGUAUGUGUAAUGUUGGGAAACUUACGACUGCAAGUGAAUUAUUUAAUGCACUUCCUACCAAAGGUUUGUAACCUAAUGUUUGGACUUACAAUAUAAUGAUCAAAGGUCUUUGCAAAGAGGGACUACUAAAUGAAGCGAGGGAAUUAUUUGAGAAAAUGGAAGAUAACGGUUGUUCACCUGACCAUUUCACAUAUAACACAAUCAUCCAAGGCUUCUUGCAACAUAAUGAGACAUCAUGGGCGGUGAAAUAUCUCAAGAUGAUGGUUGACAAGGGUUUCUCGGCAAAUGCAACCACGGCAACCAUUUUGAUCGAUUUGAUGUUUACUAAUCGAGCAGAUAAAACAUUACAAGAUUUUUUUCAAAUAUCCGUGUGAAAGCUUUAUAGUUCUUCAACGUGUAGGACAAAUUUCAUAUUCUAAUCUUUGCAGAGCCAAUAUGUAAGGAAUAAAUGCAUAUUUGUUGCAAGUCAUUAAGGUGAUCUUCCUUUUCGUGUCUUUUGGACUAUUGUUGUGUAUUGCUAUUCCUAUUUUGUUAUACUUUUUUACAAAUAUGUUUAGACUUGUGUUGUAAUCAAAAAAACUUCUUAAAGAUUUAUUCAAUUAUUUUGUUGAUGCAGAAUUAUUUCAGAAUAUUGUUCAUUUUAAAGACAACCCCAGAUAUUUUAAAGGCUUUAGUUUCUUACAUUUUAAAGAACGUUUCCUAAAGAGCAAAGGGGUUGGUAUAAUUACUGCUUCUCCACUUGCAAUGGGUCUUCUUACUGAGAGUGGUCCUCCAA